AUGAAUCUUGAUGAAUUAGGUCAAUCUUUAUCUGAUAUUGAAAAAGUAAUAAAACCUGAAUAUACAAGUUCAGAAAUUAGUGGCGAAGAAAAUGAAGAUGUAUUUUAUAUUGUUCAAAUUCCAUGGCGAAAUCAAAGU